AAUUACCAGUUUGUUCUGCUCUUGGUUUUUGCUGUAGAAGAAAUCAGCAGAAAUCCGUAUCUUUUACCAAAUAUGUCUCUAAUAUUUUACUUCUUCACUAACAAUUAUGGUGGUAAAAAGGCAUUUCAAAAUUUCAUAAAUUUUGUUGCAAAAAGACAUAGUCUUCUACCUAACUACAUCGGUGAAGAUGAGACCAAAUGUCAAGUAGUGAUUACAGGACCAAUGUUAGCAACAUUUGUGAGCCUGACACCAAUUCUCUAUCUCAUGAUGCUCCUUGUGUUUUAUGUCCUCCAGCUCACCUAUGGACCUUUCAAUCCUAUCCUGAGUGAUAGUGAACAAUUUCCCUAUCUGUAUCAGAUGGCCUCCAAGGACACAUUUCUGCCCCUGGCCAUGGUCUCUUUGAUCCUUCACUUCAGUUGGAACUGGGUUGGUCUGGCACUCUCAGAUAAUGACCAAGGUAACCAAUUUCUCUCAGAUCUGAGAGGAGAAAUGGAACCCAAAAGAGUUUGCUUAGCCUUUGUGAUCAUGAUCCCAGGCAACACACAUUUAUACAUCUCAAGAGCUGAAGUGUAUAACAACCAAAUCAUGACAUCAUCCACAAAUGUUAUCAUUUAUGGUGACACAGAUAGUACUCUAGCUGUGUGUUUUAUAAUGUGGAAAUUGCAGGGUAUACAGAAACUAUGGUUCACCACUUCACAGUGGCAUGUCAUUACAAGUAAGAGAGACUUCACCCUUGACUCAUUCCAUGGGACCCUUACUUUUGUACACCACCAUGCUGAGAUUUCUGGUUUUAAAAAUUAUAUUCAGAUAUUUAACCCUUCAAAAUACACAGACAGUUUUUUGGCAAGACUGGGGUGGAUGUACUUUAGCUGUGAUGCCUUAACGUCUAGGUGUAAGAAACUGGAGAACUGCUCAUUGAAUGCCUCACUGGAAUGGUUAAUGCUACAGAGGUUUGACAUGGCCUUGAGUGAUGACAGUUAUGAUGUAUAUAAUGCUGUGUAUUCCAUCCUCCAUGAGAUGCUUCUUCAUCAAGCAGAAAACCAGCCAAUCAACAGUGGGAGAACACUGGAUUCUGACUGCUCAGAGGUUCACCCAUUUCUGAAGAAAACUCACUUUAUUAAUCCUGUUGGAGAUGCAAUAAAUAUGAACCAGAAAUGUGGCCUAUUAAGGAGUAGGAAAACUCCUGAUUUGUCUGAUUUUCUUCAGAUGCCUUCCUCUCUGUGCAGUGUUGAUUGCCAUCCUGGGUUCAGAAUAUUUUAUCAGGAAGGCAUAGCAGCCUGCUGUUUUGAUUGUGUUCCUUGCCCAGAAAAUGAGGUUUCCAACAAGACAGCUCUGAUUCUUGGGGUCUUUGUGAAACACCAAGAUACUCCCAUUGUGAAGGCCAAAUACCUCAUUCUUAGCUACAUCCUGUUGGUCUCCCUCAUCUUCUGUUUCCUGUCUUCCUUGCUCUUCAUUGGCUAUCCCAGCUCAGCCACCUGUAUCCUGCAGCAAACAACAUAUGGAGUUGUAUUCACUGUGACUGUUUCCACUGUGUUGGCUAAAACAAUUACUGUGGUUUUGGCUUUCAAAGUCACUGCUCCCAGAAGAAGGAUGAAGUGGCUCCUGGUAUCAGGGGCACCUAACUAUAUCAUUCCCAUCUGCACCAUCAUCCAAAUUAUUCUCUGUGCAAUUUGGCUGGGAGUUUCUCCUCUGUUUAUUGAAAUUGAUGCCAAGAGUGAACAAGGCCACAUCAUCAUUGUGUGUAACAAGGGCUCAGUUACUACAUUCUAUUGUGUCUUAGGAUACCUAGGCUUCCUUGCUUUAGGGAGCUUCACUGUGGCUUUCUUGGCAAGAAAUCUCCCUGAUACAUUUAAUGAAGCUAAGUUCUUGACAUUCAGUAUGCUGUUGUUCUGUAGUGUCUGGGUCACUUUUUUCCCUGUCUGCCACAGUACAAAGGGAAAGGUCAUGGUGGCUGUGGAGGUCUUUAUCAUCUUAGCCUCCAGUGCAGGUCUGCUGGGAUGCAUCUUUGUUCCUAAGUGCUACAUAAUUUUGUUAAGACCAGAGAGAAAUUCUCUUCAAAAGUUAAAAAGAAAACAACUUCCUGAACUCAUAUUUCAUAAUUUUUAA